ACACAGGCGCGAGAGAGAGGUAAAUAAAGGGAGCCGAGGAGCCGGGCGAAUCGGAGCCUCCCGUCGCGUGACAACAACAACUGGGCUUCGAGGGACACAGGAGGAGGAGGCGACUCGCUCUCCCUUUUCCAGACAUGCAUUUCCCCCAUUUCCCUUGCCAGCACGCUCUUACCCGUGCCCUCGCCAACACCCUGUGAUUAUGACAUGAUAAGGUGAAAAGAUGUCUCCCCUGAUAGAUGUUACAAACACUGCUGUGGGCCUGCAGGUGGAGUCGAGCACUAAGAGAAGUGUAAAACAACAGAGGGCUUGUGCAAGAGGGCCAGAUGUUAACCAGCAAAGCAAGGUCAACAAGAGAGGAUUGCCAGAGAGAGUCAAGGCAAAGGAUGAAGCUGUGGCAAUAAGAAAGUGCAAUACUUGGAUGGGUGGCCCAGCAGGUGACAUGGCUGGGGGUGGAGCAGGUUGCCUGGCUGCAUUCCCAUCCACUAGCCAGUGUCCAGCUGAGGUAGGUCUACCACGUGUUCCUCCACUCCCUCAAGCAGCUGAUGCAUUGUUGUCACAGGCAGUGCAAGCACUCAGUCUGUCACCUCCCAGUAGCAAGACGAGGACCCGUGCACACAGAAGACUCAGCAGACACAGAGCUACAAGCCAGCAGGAACAUGAUGAACAAGCUUCAAAUAAUGUAGUGUUGAAUUGUAGUAAUAGUGGUCUUCCAGAGAAUUCACAAGAGAGCACUGGCAUAACUACCCCAAAGCAGUGCGGAGCAUGUGGACUCGAGUUCACAUCCACUCCCGUCCUGACACAACAUUUGGUCCGUCAUGUUUAUGAUGGGCUUUAUGCAGCGCAGUGGCUAACUCAGGCAAUAGGCCUAGUGUCCAACAACAGGCAGUUGGGGGAAGGGCCUAGCCAGUCCAUUUCCUCAGAGGACACUGGGGAACACAAUGCAAGUCAGGUCCCACAGCAAUACAGCCAAACAUCUGCCACAGGGCAUUGAAGUGUGAGGGGGUGUUCUUUCGAAGUAAUAGCCAUGGUCUGUGGGUGUGUUUGGCCAGUUUGAAUCAGGGUUUUCUUUUUACUCUCUUUUUUAUUUUUAAAUAAUUAUCAGUUUUAUAUAUUCAUGUGUGGAAGUGAAUUAGAUAAUAUUUUUGUAGAGGUUGCAAUUCUUUUUUCUGAUUAUGAAUUGCUACUUUCUACAGAAAGUUCAUUUUAAAUACAUUCUGUUUUCUUCAUUCCAAGCAAAGGCCAGAUACUUGCAUUUCUAUGUUUAAAUGCUAGAUGUUACAAUUAAGUGCAAUACAUGAACUACGUAAUGUGUUUGUUAAAAGUUACUGAAACGUAUGAAAAAAUACAUACUUUUAGUUAAUGAUUUUAUCGCCUAACAUUGUGUUUAUUAUUGGUAGUAAUGUUGUUUAAUUUUUCAGUUGUAACAAUAAGACCCCAUGUAUAUCUGUAUCCUAGUCUUGAUUCAGCUAUUUAUACUUGUUACUUUUAAAAUUGUUAGUAGUUCCUUAUCUAAUAUUUAUGUUUUGUGGUGUAAGAUAUUUUUAACCUCCAGCCGCACUCCACCAGCUGUAUUUGUGAAUGUCUGAGAGAGAAAAAGUAAAUCAUGAAGUUUUGUGCUCCAUUAAAGUUGUAAGCAUAUGAUUCAUUCACUCUAUACUUGUGAAGUGUGGCUUCAGACUUAAAAUCUAUUCCUCUUGUGUUGCAUCGUCAACCCUUUUUCAGUAAACAUCAGCAGGAUGUUGAAAGACCUUGAACGAUGAAAUGGUAAUUUUAUUUUGUGCCAGUCUUACUUUUAGCUGUGGUUUAUUUCCUUUUUAAUUCACUGCGAGUGAGCCUAUACCUUGCAUUAGUUGUAAGAGGAGUGGUACCAGGGCACGUAACCUGUUUAUGGAGAGUGCUGCCACUUGUGUCUUUUUUAUUUAUUUUUUUUUAACAGAAAGUUGGAAACGAUAAUGUGAAUGUAUUUUUUUUUUUUUCUUUAAUUAGAUAGGAGUGAAGCAAUAUGAGGUGUAGCCAGCAUCUGUUGAUAGAUAUUUUUUCAGCUAUAUAUCAUUCCAAGCUAUACAAUCCUAUCUACUAGGAUUCAGAUGUGUAAUUUUAUUGAACUGGAUAUAAUGUGUUGCAAUGUUAUAUGUUUUACACUCAUGAUUUAUAUUAACAGGGCUUGCAAUGACUGUUGAUUGAAACCAAGCCUAUUAAAUGUUAGCAACAUUGCUCAAAUGUGAAAGUUUUUUUUAGUAAAUAACCACUUGGAAGUACUAACUACUACUGGUAUGAAUGUGAUAGAUGGAUACGAGUUGUAACUACCAUUUCUUAUUUAUUUACUUUGGGAUGUGAUUUUUUUUUUUUUUUUUUUUGGCUUGAAAAUUUAAUACCAAAGCCAGCAUCUGGAUUCAGUUGUAUCCAUAGAAUGUAAGAAUGUUUUUAUUUUGCAUUUUAUUUUUAUUUUCUUUUGCAAAAUGCAUGUUUUUUUUUUUCUUUUACUAUUCUUCUCUCCUACCCCAUUUUUUUCUCUCUGCUUUAGUUUAGUCUCUUGUGCUUUCAUGUUUGUUAGUAUGUUAUUGGUAGGUACUAACCAAAGAACUAACUUGCAUGUUCCCGUCUUGAGAAACCUCAGUUCAGUCUAGUACAAACAUUGUGAAUCAUUUACUUAUUGCAUCAACUUGCUGUUGGAUUUCAUUUAAAAUUAGACUUUUAAACCUUUGUGUUAUCAGCAUAGAAAUUGUUUUCAGAACAUAAAAACACUGAAGAAUUAAAAAAUGAAAACUAUGCUCAUGAUGUAGAAAUUGUGUAUUUAGUAAAUGACAGUAAUACCAACUGUGUUCAUUACUUUCGACUAUGAAAAGGCCAAGCAUUACUUCUGUAAAAUUAGUAUUUGAAUGAAAAUAACUUGCUACUCUGAUAGUACAACUUUUGGUAAUUCAUACCUUUAUAGGUGAUCCACUGUCAACGGGUAAGGUAAUAUGACUGGCCCAACCUCUCUCCUUUACUCUAAUCUCACACUUUUAUUUACAUACUGUGUAAUAGUCACCUCUCUUCUGCCCUUAUCAACCACAGCACACAGUAUGCUAAGAAUUACUGUACUUGUGCAUGUAUGUCUAAUAAUACCUUGAGAAAGAUUAAUUAACAAUGUCUAGUAUAUUAUAGUUGAACAUUCAGUAAGUGAAUAUCCCCCUCCCCCCAUUAUCAAUGACUAACAGUUGGCCAGUCAAACUUCACCUUAAAAAAGAACUUUCAGGUGUAAAUCAGUGGCUCUGCAGGAAAUUGUUGAAUUUAAAUUGGCUGAUGCUGAUGUCUUUUGAAAGAGUGUAUCUUGUCAAGAUGAAUAUCACCAGCAUAUGAAGUAGUAUUCAACAUUAUAUCCUGUUUGUCAGUCUGUACAGACAAUGAUUACCUAUUUGAGAAUGAGUAAGUAUAAUACUGUGUUAAUCAUCAGUUUUAUGGUGAAUUUCAGUUUUUUAGAGGCAUUAAUUAUUCAUCAGGGAAAACCUUGUUGAAAGAAAAAAGAGCAGCAUAAUUUUUUACAAAUUGUGUUUAAUGUCUAUUUCACAUUUGUUGAAAAAAUUGUAUAAAGCAGAUUGAGAUCCAUCGUCAAACAGCUCUGUUGUGCUCUGGACUUCAUGCAUUAAUAAACCUCUCCAUAUUGGUAUUUUUCAACACUGACAUUAGAGGUCAGGUUACUAGUACAAAACUACCACCUGUUUGUGUAUGCACUUUGAUUAAUAAAUUUGUCAUUUGUA